GAUUCCCUCUCCAUCAUGUCAAACCAACCCCGAGAAAAACACGUUCGUCUGCAUCAAAGUUCAAACCUCCACCUGUCCGCGUCCCCGAGCAGAGCCCCUUUAAUGCUGCAAAGAUGUAAACUCCCCCAGGUCUUCAUUAUGUCUUACAGGCCCGAUAUUAUAUCAGAUUAUGGAAUCAUUAAACACAAAAUUGUACUCCUCUCCGUCCGGAGGGGCCUCUGGUUACCUCGUCUAAAUAUAACAGCAUCAUUUUUAACCGAGGCGCGGGGACGCUCCCUGGGGCCGUCAUUAUUUCCAUGGGUCUGUGCCGGAGCGUUGGAGCCCGCGCUGGAAUGUGUCCUGUGCUGAGCGGGGCAUCAGCUCCAUGGGAUCCCAGCACAGCACGGCUGGUGGGAGGAAAAAGGGAAAAAAGGGGAGAAAAGGGGAGAAAAGGGGAGAAAAGCAGCGCAGGGGGCUGAAAUCCGCCCGAGGCGUGCGCCCAAUUAUUUUAAUUGCGCGUAGGUGCUGUUUAGGGCUCACUCAUGCAUCGCACAUCAUUGUUUACUGCUCGGAGCAGAACCAAUUAUGUCGGAACACAGAGGGGCUGAGAGACAGCAAAUCCACACGCGGGCGGCGCAGGGCUCCGCUGUGUGCUCCUUUGCAGCCAUCCGUCAGCGCCCAGUGAGGCAUGGAUGGGGUGUGGGCACCGCGUGGCCCAGGGCCAUACAGCCCAGAUGGGACUGGGAUGGGGAUGGGAUGGGGAUGGGAUGGGAAUGGAAUGGGAAUGGGGGGAGAGGGGCAGGAGGGAGAGGGGCGAGGGGAGUGGAUCCGCGUGGGAAAGGAGGGGAAACAAAUAAAGACAUACAAACACAGUUUCUUGCGGGGUUUUGACAUGAGUUGUCAGAGCUGGUGGUGCGUGUGCUCCUGUCUUUACAGUAAAUAACUGUCAGCAAUUAGAAAGUGGAGGUGUUGUGGAGGGAGCCGGGCGGCGCGGCGCGUCAAUCACGGUGCGGCGGGGAGCCAGGACGGCAGCAGCACGGGGACACGGGGGGGAGCUGCGGCCGGAGGGAGUGCUCCGUGAGCAGGGCUGCCCGGGGAAGCAGCCCGGCCCUGGCCAGCUAUUGGGGCCGCCAGCUGCACGCACACUGCCCCACAUCCCUGUGCAGCGCCAGGUUGCGCAGAACCACGAGCCCCGUGUGUGGUCGGGGAAUGGCAGAUCCAGGAGAGCUGCUGGGGGAGCCCCGGUUUGGCUGAGACCCCAGAAAUCCCCGGACAGAGCCCAGCGGGGCUGCAGGCAGGACAGGGGCACAGCUUACAGCCAGAGCAGAGCAGAGCAGGCGGGAGGGCUGAGAGGUUGCACCAGUUCACAGCCCCAUCCCACGGGUGGGAAGCGCAGGGCUGCAGCAGCAGCAGCAGAGCAACGUCAGCAGCAGAGCAGCAAAGCCCACCCCGAGCUCCAGCACUCCUGCUGCUGCAGGGACCUGCAUCUGUGGCCUCCUCCUCCUCCUCCUCCUCCUCCUCUCCUGCGUGCAGCUCCAAGCGCAGCUCUCCCCUUCCCUCCUCCCGGUUCAGGGAAGCGGAGCGCAGCUCAGCCCCGAGUUCCGUGACACCAAUAACCUCUGCUUUGUGCUCCGCAGCUCAGACAAAAACUCCUCUCCUUUCGGGCUGGAGCAGCGCACGGUCGCGGGGCCGCGUCCCGGCCUUGAUGAGCAGCUUCAGAGGCAGCAGCGCAUCCCGGCAGCGGGGCCACGGGGGACGGGGGCGCGGGGGAGACCCGGCUGCCGUUCCUAUGGCGACCGAGGAUGCCGAUGUCGCAGCCCGAGGCUCUGCUUUUGGUACUCGCAGAUCAAAGGCGCAGGGCAAGCGGUGCCGGGGAGAAGUACAAGGGGUGCAGCAAAUGGAAUGACUGGAAUUAACAACGCGGGACCGGCGGUCCCCGUGGCGCGGGGCGGGAGGAGACGCAAACUUUGCGUGGUUGGGUUCAAACUCGCGAUCCCGCUCGUCCCCCUGCCCUUGUCCUCUCUGUCGCUUUGGGAAAUAUGUAUGCACGGAGCCAGGCUGAGCUCAGAGAGCCGGGCCCCGCUGUAAGAUGUGUGGGGCACUCAUCUCAUACAGGACACAGGGGGGAAGCUGCCCUGACCCUCACCCAUCGCAUGCACAAGGGGCUACAGUGGGGACAGGAGCACCAGCAGCACCCAGCACCCCUCCAGCUGCACGGCUGCUCCUCGCUCCAGUGGCACAGGGAGCAUCCAUCCCUGCAAUGCGUGCAGCAGCCACAGGGUGCAAUGCAAUGCAUGCACAAACCAUAGGGUGCAACGCAAUGCAUGCACAAGCCAUAGGGUGCAACGCGUGCACCAACCGUAGGGUGCCGUGCAGUGCAUGCACAAACCAUGGGGUGCGAUGCAACACAUGCACAAACCGUAGAGUGCAGCGCAUGCACCAACCACCGGAUGCAAUGCAAUGCAUGCACAAGCCAUAAGGUGCAAUGCAAUGCACCAAUCAUAGGAUGUAAUGCAACACAUGCACUGACCGUGGGGCAGCAUGGGAGGGUGGGAGCACCCAGCAGACCCCGCCCCCCCCGGGGUGCAGCAGGAGCUGGGGGGGCCCUCAGCACCCAGCUGCCUUCGCAGCGGAGAGGGCUGGGAAUUUGCAGUGAGAGCAAGCCUCCUGCUUUCCGGCUGACACCACCACACCACAGCACGGAGACAGCAGCAUUGGUCGCCUGGUGCAGCAAAGCCCAGGGCCCCAUGGGGACCUCACCCCGACAUCUCCAUCACAGCCACAAAGCAGCACAGCCCACGGCCGGACCAGGAUCCAGGGGAUGCUUCUACCCACGCUGCAGCAGGGAUGGCUGGGGCUGCUCCUGGCACAGCACCACCUCCAGCACUCAGAUCCAAACGCCUUCGCGUGGAGCUGUGCUCUGCAGGAGGCUCGGUCCAUGCACGUGGAGCUGGGCCCUGUGCCUGGGGGUGGCACGAGGCCCAGUGACCCCUCACACUGAGCCACCCCGGGGCUGCGGCACCGAGGGCGCUGCCCCAUGGGGAGGUAGGAGCGGGUGGUUCCCCCAGAACCGAGGGCAGUUCUGUUUAAACAGAGAAGAAAUCAGGUCCCAGUUCAACGUCAGGCAGCGCUCUGCUCCGAGCGCAUCCCAUGGUGCCGGUGCCGGGCAGGGCAGGACCCCCAGCACCCAGUGCUACCAGCAGCUGCACAUCCCCAGCCCAACCAACCCAAGACCAGCCCUCACAUGGGGUGUGGGCUCCGGGCUCCGCUCAGGGUUUUGUGGCCAAUUUGGAUGAGAGCAAACGCUGCGCCCAAGCAGCAACCAUCACUGCCGGGCCGCGCUCCUGGCGGUGCCAUGGCAGCACGGAGCGCAGCGGUGUUAUCUCCCUCCCACAAACAGCCCCGGCCCC